AUGGCUUGUGCUUUGUGUUUAGUAUUAAUUUUCGUGCGUGCUAAAUAGUCCAUGACUUGGUCUAAAUAUUGAAAAAAUUUAUAUAUAAUAUAUAUAUAAAACAUCUGUUUCAUCGAAUAAUUGAAAAUAUAUCCAUCUGAAAACUCCUUUUGUUUCAAAAAUCCUUGUGAAAAGUAUGGGGAUGCGGUAGCUAAUUCACAUUUUCAAAGUAGUAAUGUGUCUCUGACGAUUACAUACUUGGGCAUUAGAGUACUUUUAGUGUUAAAAUUUUUGGUAAAUGCGAAAUGGCGCAAGCCUUGCACAUACAUACAUACAUAUGUAUGUAGGUAACUGGCUCCGAUUUUUAAACAAACUACGGAUUGAAGAGUGUUAAUUGCCAGUUCCUGGACAUUUAAAGAGUUUGAAGUGGAAUCUAGAACCAGCUUAUGCCAAAAAGGAAGAAAUAACGUUAAAUAAAGUGGCUGACACUGCAGCUAAUGCCACCCACAAGCGAGCUACAUAUUUAUCUGCACCGCAAUGAUAGUCUCUUCAGCUUUUUCACAAUUCAUCAGCAUCAGUGCCACCUGCUUUCAAUAACCGAGUGCUUCUAAAAUCAAUCUAAGAUGCCUGGACUCGUCGUGUUUAGACGGCGCUGGUCAGUAGGCUCAGAUGAUCUCGUAGUACCAGGAGCUUUUUUGUUGACUACGCAUCUUAUUUGUUUUGUAAUAGUGUUGCUGUCAUUAUUGGUCUUCGAAUACAACCUUGCGAUUCUAAACUUGAAGUUACUUUUCGCUCUGCAGAUCUGUUAUUUGAUAAUAUUAUUUUGCUCCGUUUGCGUUGAAUCUGGCAUCUGUGUUAUAUCUAUGCGGGGUAGUAUUUUGGACUCUGCCGCCCGAACAUCGAUCAACCUUUGGAUAUAUCUAAAAAGCAUGGUAAUAUUUUUUGAUAUUACGUGGCUGGUAUUAGGUACGAUAUGGUUGACAAACUAUUAUUUUGAUGCACCCAUCGAUGAGGCCAAGAAGAUCUUCAUGGCCACCGUAAUUUGCAAUUGGGCAUUGGUGUUCAUAACUCUUAUUACCAUUUGGUGCACAUUCGAUGCUGCCGGCCGUUCAUGGGUCAAAAUGAAAAAGUAUCAAAGGUCAAUGAGAGAGACUGAGUCUCGCUUCAAUUACAAGCGCAGCAACAGCAUGAACCGUAAUUGGCGCCAACGAAAAGUGAUGCGUGCGUAUCAAGACAGUUGGGACCACCGGUGUCGUCUACUGUUCUGUUGCAUGGGUGGCACAGAUCGCAAUCGGAACUCCUUUACCGAUAUAGCCCGCCUGCUUAGUGAUUUCUUUCGGGAACUGGACGUGGUGCCUUCAGAUGUUGUUGCAGGCUUAGUGUUAUUGCGAAAGUUCCAAAGAAUAGAACGCGAAGCCGUUGUUCGUCAGCGGAAAAAUGGCACGUACGAGUUCUUGAGUGGUGUGCCAAUUACUGACCGCACUCAGUUCCUAGCUUUAAACGAUGCAAAAAACUACGAUUUCUUCCAAACUAUCAUACACUACAUGCAUUUCGCUCAGGGUGCCUACGGCUGGCCAAUGUACUUCAUAAUAAACCGUUCGAAAAUGUAUAAUUUGCUACCUGAGUUAAAAUGCUUUACUUGUUGUUGCCGUCCCCAAACUGAUACGCCCCCUAUUAUACAGGACAACUGUUGUUUUUGUAAUUAUGCCGCCCUAAAGAAAACUUUGCAAGUUGGUGAUAUAGAAAUCAUCUACGCCACCUACCAUGUUGAUGUGGGUGAGACGCCGUUUUUCGUGGCUGUAGAUUAUACUCAAAAGAAAAUUGUAGUGAGCAUACGUGGGACACUCAGUAUGAAGGAUAUACUCACCGAUUUAAACGCAGACGGGGAAGUGCUGCCACUCUCACCACCGAGAGACGACUGGCUGGGCCACAAAGGCAUGGUGCAGGCAGCUAUUUAUAUUAAGAAUAAAUUAGAGGAAGAAGGACUGAUCGAGCGUGCGUUAAGUCGUAAUCGUGAUAAGGGAACACACACAUUUGGAUUAGUGUUAGUGGGCCAUUCACUUGGUGCCGGAACUGCGGCUAUAUUAGCCAUACUCAUGAAAGCAGAUUAUCCGUCGUUACAGUGUUUUAGUUACUCACCACCAGGUGGGUUGCUCAGCAUGCCCGCGGUGGAAUAUACAAAAUCGUUUAUCACAUCCGUUGUGCUGGGGAAGGAUGUCGUACCUCGCAUCGGCUUACACCAGAUGGAAGCUUUGCGUGCUGACUUAAUUAACGCUAUCCAACGAAGUGUUGAUCCCAAAUGGAAAACAAUAUCCUGCUCUGUUAUUUGCUGUGGCUGUGGACCCGAACCCACAUCUGUUGUUGAGAUGUCCGGCAAAGACACCCAUAUAAAUCAAUACCAAGAACAAAGAGACUCAGCACGUGCAACAAGUGCGCAUCCAACGGACAGCUCUAUUGCUUUGACAUUACACCAGCCACUAUACCCGCCCGGGCGCAUAAUUCACAUAGUGCGACAUCAUCCGAAACCAGAAGAGCAAAAGUACGACAGCGGUUGGAGAAGUGUUCUAAAGAGUCAUGAGCCGGUCUAUCAGGCCAUCUGGGCUGAUACGUACGAUUUCGAUGAAGUUCUCAUAUCGCCGGUAAUGCUGCAGGACCACAUGCCCGACAAAGUAUUGGCGGCGCUAAAAAAGGUUGUAACCACGAGUGGACCGCGUAAACCGCAACGUCAAACCUCGAAUGCCUUCUCCACCAUAUCCAACGAUUGUAAUCAUUAUGACUUCGAUGUCGAACGUGUAUCGCCUCUGGGCUCUAUCGACCCGAUAAGCAUUUUAAAACUUGAAACCAACUUUAAACGACUGUCGCAUAGUUCUUUUCCCAACAUAAGCAGCUCUAUCAAUUUAACACCUACAACACAACACAAAAUCUGUCAUGAAACCUCUUUUGCCAAUUUACAAGGUCCAUUGGAUAUGCAAACGAUAGGCACGCAAUAUUUUGCUGGACAAAAUUCGAGUAAGACGUCAUCUAUUGCUGGCAGCAUUUUGGGCCGAAGCCAGCUAAGUUCAGCUCAAUACGACAUAUCAGUAGAUGAGAGCAUAACAACGGUAACGCGCCGAAGUCCUUCUGUACCGAGCGAAACUGCCACGGUGAUCAUAAAUGAUCCUGAUCAAUUACCCAUUCAACGCUUAAAGGCUGUUGCUUUCGACAUUGAUUGCAAUUCUAGUAUACUAGUACAGUCGCCAUCUCUUUAUAAUGCACCUAAAGGUAUUUUACAUCGUCAAUAUUCGGCACGCGUUGAGAAGCGGAAGCGUAAUAUGCCCAUAACAGCAUUGCGUAGGGCUUCGGACGCCUCACGACCAGUAGAUUUAUUGCAUGAUGACUGGCUCGGUUUGGCGCCGUUAGCUAGUCCAGAAACAUUGUCUGAGAUCUCUAGUAUCUCGUCGCGCACAAGUGCUCCCAUCAGUUUAGCUAACAGCAUAGAACGUUAUUUGCAUAAUUUAAAUUUGAGCGGUGAGAGUGCAAACGGACGUGUCAUGCUCGAAGACAUAUUCGAAUCGCAACUGCAUACCCCAAAAAUUAUGCGGCGGGCACCAAAGUUCAGUGAGAACCUGUCAACCUGCGCAGAGGAUAGCCGAAAUUUAGAUCAAUAUAAACGUAUGGGCCGAGUGUUUGUUACAUUUCCGCCCAUAUUUGACAACGUUUAUAAUAAUAACAAUAAUAACAAUCAGCAGUCCAGCUUCGACUCGAGCGACGAUAGUUACGAAUCAGCGCAGAGUCUUAGUCGACUUCAGUCAAAACGUAAUCCCACCACAGUACGUGAAUCAACAGGCACCAAUACGCUUCAACCGAAACAGAGUUCAAAAUCCGCGGAUCCAUUAGAUGGUGAUACAACGGAACAAAGACAAGGUCAAUAUCCCAUAAAGAAGUUAACUUUUAGUGAUAGUGAAAUUCUAAAUGAAGAUUGUUCGAGUCAGUGCCCCAAUUGUCCAUGCCACUUGGAUGUAGGAACUGAAGUUAAAGUCGAGUGCUGCCAGCGCUUGGAACACAGCCAAUGUUUAAUGACGGUUUUAAACAAAGAUGGAAACAGCGGAUCAGCUGACACGACUUUUUAUAGUGCCAACUCCUCCCUCGAACAAUUCUCGACGCCGGGAAGAAUGAUGAGCCAUAACAAAACCGCCUUUAAUAGUAACUCCGAGUACCAAAGUGUCACCGAGGACACAUUCAGCAUACGACCAGGUGUUCUCGAAUCACAUUUUCCUGUAUACGAAACUGAUUCUCAUCCAGUGCACCAUAACGGGUCACAAUCUGGUAAUGCCUCCGAAAUGCAUGAAACUCCUAAAUGUCCCUCAUGCGAUUUAGCACCCUCGACACAAAUAAAACAAGAUGUUAUUGGUGGUCGAAUACGCAAGAGGCUUUCAUCCGAAGAAUUUAUAUUUACUCGCAAUGAUGACUUUUCUUUGAUUGCCCAAUUGGGGGAGAAAUCGAACAAACGUAAAGGUUGCGUCUAUCCAGCGGGGAGUAAUUGCAAUAUGCGGAUAGCGCAACCACUGAUGUGCACCAAUACAGCAACAACGACUACUACAGCAGCCGCUGCAACAAAAUCUUCACCAAUUUUACAAAUACAAAAUUACUCAAACCAACUUGAUUCACUAUCUGUUUCGAGUCCCUCUAGCAAAUGCCCUAGUCUAAUACUUCAUAUAACUAAUAGCGAAGAAAGUAGUGUCUGAAGCUCGUGGCAAGUACCUAAUUAAAUAUAUUAAUAUAAUAAGUUUACAUAGUAUUAGUGCACGAAAGUAUGUUUAUAAGACAUACAGUAGCCGCUCGUGUAUGGGACCUAUUUCAAACAGGCUUCGUUCACUCGAGUGCAUUGUUGAUAUAUUGGAGGCUGAAUUUAUAUGCAGUUUCACUUAUGCAUCUUAGGUUGGAGAAAAAUAUUUUAUCACAUACAUAUGUGACAUUUUAACAAUGAAUUACUAGUUUUUAAAUUGAUAAUUUAAUUUUAAAAAAUAUUGUAACUUAUUUCGCAAAUAGAGACUAAAUAUAAUAAUACUAAAAAAUUAUCUCUUAAACUCGGCGAAAACCGCUUAAGUGGUUAGCGCUGCAAUCAAGAAAAAACAAAUAUUUUAACUUAAACUGAAUGAGUAAAGUUUUUUUUUGUUUUUUUUUUAUGUACCUCGCAGUUUUUAUUUUUUAGUUUUUGUUCUUGUUGACAACCACCAUUAACUGAAUAUUAACCUCGGAGCACAACUAAGAAAUAUAAUUAAAUAAUUUAACUGCAAAAGCUGAUAAUUUCGUGACACUUUCAUCUUCUUAUAAGGAAAUAAGAACUUCUUCUUUUUUGCUUUAAAUUUGAUACAUGAGUCUUAUGCGAAAAAGUCCUUUAUAUUAAUUACAAAGGGGAAAAUAUUCUCUUGAAUCAAAUACUGCAAAUAAUCAGAUGAUAAUGCACACAUGAAAGAGAGGUCGAGUUCACUCUUUAGAACCGGCAGUUCAAAAUUUGUCAGUAUGUAUGUUUUUGUUGACUCUUUCGGAUAUACAAGUGAGUGUCUAUGUAACCGAGCGUCUACUGUAUUUAGAUCUUGUACAGAAUCCUAAAAUUGUAUUUUUCGGCCGAACCUGAGGAGCUCUCCAGUUAGUGAAUCAUCAACACUUGUGCAUUGUAAGGAACGAAGUGCAAUACAAACCAGCUAUACAACUGUGAUCAAAAAAAGAAAAACUGUUUUUAUUAUAAAAUGAGAUGUGUUGUAGUAUUUGCUGUAAACAAGUAUGAUUGGUAAAUAAAGUAUCCUCAAGCAGUCGGCUAAAGACGUUUUGAUAUUGAA